ACCAAACGAAACCCAGGUCUUUCUAGUUCCUAUAACCCUGCAAACGACACAAUCGUGCACAGAGAGAGAGAGAGAGUUUUGGUCUCCAUUUUCACCGUUUGAUUGCCAUUUUUGGAAGAGGAAGAUGAUAGUAAUAGUGGGUCCCAUUUGAAUCUUAACAAUCAGAGAUGUCGAAGCUAUUUGCGAGGAUUGCUGGGUACUUCAGGAGCCGGACCCUGGCGGGGGUGGACAAAACAGGGAACAAGUACUUCACCAGAAAGGAAGAGAUUGAUGGUGUCAUGAAAGAGAAAAGGUGGGUGGUAUUCAGAGGAGAGGAGGAGCCUACUUCCGUUCCAGUUGAAUGGAUAUGUUGGCUGAAUGGGCAGCGCAAAAGAGCUCCAACACCUGAGGAAAUGAUGGAGCUGGAAGCUAGGCGUGAGCAAAUUCGGCAGAAUGUUGCUCUUCUCAAGAAAGAAGAGGAGGAAAGGAGAGCCAAAGAAGGGAAUGCACGCAAAACCAGCAGCACCGGUAAAGUUGGAGGUCCAGACUUGAAAAGUUUUAUUCAGCAGUUUCCAGCCGCAUCAGAAGGUGACAAAGUUGAGGAAGCUCCUGCUGCAGUGCAUGGCGUGAGGAACUCCAAAGAGAGAGCGGCAGAGAAAGCAGAACCAGUCACAGAGUGUACAGAGCCAACAGGAUCUGGCCAGACGUUUCGGCCAGGGACAUGGCAACCACCAACAUGAAAAGGGGCUCACCAACACUAAUCUGCAUGGUCUAAGCCAUUUCCCUGGUUUCCUUUGCCAACUUCGAUGACCUUAUUCAACUCACUCUGAUAAAACUCAGCAUAGAUUCAUGGAUGGAGCCGGGCGCGGACCCACUUGUAAGUGUGAGUCCCAAAUUUUUUUGAAAACCCCUUAAAAAGUAUGCAUUUAGUUUUCUUUGGUUUUGCUCCCCCACUUGAAAGUAGCUUCUUUUAGUUUUGCCUUCAGCGUGUUUUGAAUGCUAUGUGCUUAUAGCCUUAUAGGUUCACCCCCAUAGCACAUACCCUGGUUCGGUGGUUCCGCCCGAGGAUGGAGCUAAUGUUGUAGCGCACUGCACAAUAUGUUAUUUGAAUCAGUUUUCUCUGGACUUUUUGGUUUUUUCCCUUGCAUGUGAAUUCUUCUGGUCCAAUUUUCCCACUGAAAUUAUAGCUUAGUGAGAUUUGUUUUAUUGAUAAGUUACACACUCAUUAUUCUUGUACCGUGAUCACACAUUCUAUCUAUUACAGCAACAGAGAGGCUAUUUGAACUGAAAUACAUUUGCCUAUUCAAUUCUUUC